GAUGUCAUGGAAUUCUUGUGGCCAAGCGUUCCUAUUUCCCUCCUAAUAAUCUCAGUUCCCUUUGUUAGGUUCUAGACCAGAAAACCCUAUUCUCAUUUCGAAAAGCAUCAUCAUCUUACUCAUGGCUCUACAUUCUACCGGUGCACUUCUCGCAGUUCUGGGUCCCAGAAGAACACAGAGAAUAAGAGCAGUUACGUCCGAGAACUUGGCCGGCGGGAAAGUGGAAGAGGAAGGAAAGUUAAAAUUGGGCGGCUCUGAUCUCAAAGUUACGAAACUGGGUAUUGGAGCUUGGUCAUGGGGCGAUACAAGUUACUGGAAUAACUUCGAAUGGGAUGAUAGAAAGAUGAAAGCUGCUAAAACUGCAUUUGAUACCAGUUUAGAUUGCGGAAUUACUCUCAUUGAUACUGCUGAAGUGUAUGGUUCAAAGCUCUCUUUUGGUGCAAUCAACUCAGAGACAUUAUUAGGGAAAUUCAUCAAGGAAAGAAAAGAGAAGGAUCCUCAAGUAGAGAUAGCGGUUGCAACUAAAUUUGCAGCUUUGCCAUGGAGAUUUGGCCGCCAGAGCGUCAUCUCCGCCCUAAAGGAUUCUCUAUCUCGUCUUGAGCUUUCUUCUAUCGAACUUUAUCAACUCCACUGGCCGGGCCUGUGGGGAAAUGAAGGAUAUCUUGAUGGUCUUGCUGAUGCUGUUGAACAGGGCCUGGUUAAAGCAGUUGGUGUCUCCAACUACAACGAAAAACGCCUUAGAGCUGCACAUGAACAGCUUAGGAAAAGAGGCAUACCAUUGGCUUCAAACCAGGUUAAUUACAGUCUCAUAUACAGACUUCCAGAGGAGAACGGCGUUAAGACUGCUUGCGACGAACUUGGUGUAACUAUAAUUGCAUAUUCACCUAUUGCUCAAGGGGCUCUGACAGGGAAAUACACCCCUGCAAAUCCACCCACUGGUCCUCGAGGAAGGAUUUACACACCCGAGUUGUUGACAAGGCUUCAACCUCUAAUAAAGAGGAUCAAAGAGAUAGGCGACAAGAAUGGAAAAACAGCGACACAGGUUGUGCUCAAUUGGUUAAUAUGCCAAGAAAACGUGGUACCUAUUCCAGGAGCUAAGAAUGCAGACCAGGCUAGAGAAUUCGCGGGUGCACUAGGUUGGAAGCUCGGAAAUGAAGAGAUUGAUGAAUUAAGAUCUUUGGCAUUGGAAAUCAAACCCGUCAUUGGGUUUCCAGUUGAGAACUUGUGAAAAACUCAUGUGUAUAUCUGAUCAUACCCAAUAUGAAUCUACAUACAAGUAUAAAUAAAUUAUUUGUGUUUA